UCACACCACCCUCGGCAGGACAAGCUACGCCGGUUUUAUCACCCUGCUGCCCGCAUGACCGGGAGUACGACCCUUCUGCCGUACUUUGCGGUGCACCUCAACAAGAUGGGCUCCUUCCGGCGUCCCAGGCCACGGUUCAUGAGCUCCCCGGCCCUCAGCGACUUGUCGCGAUUCUACGCCAGCCGCCAGGUCCUGCAGCUCAACUCCAGCGUCCUGUGGAACAGCGUGCAGAGCGCCGUCAUCAACGUGUUCAAAGGAGGGGGCCUGCAAGCCAACGAACUCUACACCCUGAACGAGAACGUCAGACAGUUGAUGAAAAGCGAGCUGGGCUCAUUUAUCACAGACUAUUUUCAGAACCAGCUGCUCUCAAAGGGUCUGGCCUUGAUGGAGGAGAAAGUCAAGCUGUAUGAAGGGGAAAACCGUGUCAUGAUUUUAGCAGAAUUAUGGGACCACUUCUUCAUGGAAAUCCUGCCAACACUGCAAGCGAUAUUUUAUCCUGUUCAGGGCCAGGAGCUCACUAUCCGUCAAAUCGCCCUGCUCGGCUUCAGGGACUUGGUCUUAUUAAAGGUGAAUCUGGACAAAACGCUACCCUUGAUGCAGUCCAGGCCCCCGCCACCCAUUCUGCAGAUGCUGUUGGUCCUUCAGGGAAUCCAUGAGUCAUCGGGCCCCAGUGAAGGCUACCUGAAGCUGGAGGAACUGGUGAAGAUGGUGGUGUCCCCGUACUUGGCGGCAUUCGCGGACAGAAGCUACAUCCACACCAACACUUCCUGUAUACUCGAAUAUCGCUUCCCCAAGUGUCACAUGAGGUCGGAGCCCGGGUCCUACGACUCACGCGUCAGCAACUCGCUUGCCUUUGAGCGCUCGUUGUCCCCCCUGACGGAGCAGGAAGGCGAGGCGUACCUGGAAAGGUGCGGCAGUAUUCGGAGGCACACAGUCGCCAAUGUUCACACGGACAUCCAGUUCCUGGCUAUGGCCUCCACCAUGCACCCCCGGUCGGAGGAGGCGGAGCUCUCGGACCAGUGUUUGCUCCUUCAGCCCAACUUUACCCAGCGGCAGUUCAGCAGCGAGCCGAACAUUGCGGACAGUCCUACGGAGCUGAGCAGCUCUCUGCAAGACGGUUCCGAACACGACAGCCCGUCUCCAAGCUGA